GCUGUCUCUCGCAUCCUCGCAAGUGAUUAAUUGUGGCCUUGCAUCUGUUCGUUGUAAUCUUUAGACUCCAUCACGCACUUUUGAUUCCCUUCUGCAUCAUUCCCUCAUAAUGACCAGCACAUCCGCUACUUCUUCCCCUUCUCAGAUUCACCAGAACGUCGUUCCUUCUGAAGUCGGAUGGCAAUUUGUUCCUCAGUAUUACACUUUUGUUAACAAGCAGCCCAAUCGUUUGCAUUGCUUUUACACUAAAACCUCCACCUUCAUUCAUGGUACCGAGGGCGAGGAUGUCAAGGCAUGCUUUGGCCAGCAGGAAAUUCAUAACAAGAUCACUUCUCUUGGCUUCGACGAUUGCAAAGUCUACAUCCAUUCAGUGGACGCCCAGUCUAGUGCCAAUGGCGGUAUCAUCAUUCAGGUCAUCGGCGAGAUGUCAAAUCAUGGCGACCCGUGGCGCAAGUUCGUGCAGACAUUCUUCCUUGCAGAACAGCCCAAUGGUUAUUUUGUGCUCAAUGACAUCUUCCGCUUCUUGAAGGAGGAGACUGUCGAAGAUGACGCAAGCGAACCUGAGGCUUCUUCUACUGCACCCUCCGAACCUGCACCCGAAUCCGUUCGUGAACCAACUCCCCCGCCUCCUGCUUCUGAACCAGAAGUUGAAGAGCCGACUACCAUGGUUCCUGAGCCCAUUUCCCCACCCCCUGAACCGGAACCUGCCCUAGUUGAGGUCAACGGUGUCCAUCAUGAGCCUGAGCCUCAACCGGAGCCCGUCUCUGAGCCUUCCACUCCCGAAGCUGAGCCCGAGCCUGCACCUGCCGCUCUGGUUGUGCCGCCACAAGCGCCUGCACCUCCUCCACUUGUUGCGCCGCCACCAGCGCCUGCACCUCCCACUCUGGUUACACCGCCGCCAGCUCCAGCGCAGGCACCUGCUCCUCAACCACCAGCACCUGCACCAAAACCUGCAGCACCAAAAACGUGGGCUAGCCUCGCUGCCGCCGACUCUAAGCGCUGGGGUGCACAGGUAGCCACUGAAUCAAAAGGGAUGUCCGAGGUCCCCGCUUCUGCAGCAUUCCCAGCACCCGCACAAGUGCCAUCUGGCGGUGCUUCUUCUCCUAAUCCACGGAGAGAGCACUCAGCUAUCGCUACUGCAAACGCACUUACGACGCCACAGUGUUUUGUCAAGGGUGUCACUGAGGUUGUGUCGCAACAGCAACUGAUGGACGUCGAGAUCGUACGCAGUAAAGCCUGUGCCUUCCUCGAGUUCAACAGCCUUGAUGCUGCUAAGAAAGCCAUCAUCGCCUCGCUUCCUACGAACGUUGGUGGUGAGGGUGGACUGCGCUUGGAUGGCCCUGAGGGAAGCAUUCGGAUCGUCGUGGAGACCAGGAAGGAGCGUGCAGACCGGCCGAUCAGUCGGCCGCGGGGUGGUGCGCCUAACGGCGAGGCUAGGGGGGGUUCAUUCCGUGGCCGUGGGGGAUCUCGGGGCGGUCGUGGUGGUCCUCCACCCCCUAAGCAGUAAGUACGGGUGUGCAUGAUGAUUCGGAGGAGGGAUGGGGGUGGGGAUGCUCUUCUGCGUGGUAUACUUGUUGUCCUAAGCUUAUUCCAUUUGCUUUUGUCCAUGUAGACGUGCGUGGUGAACGUGUUAUAAUACGAAAGUCACCCUCGUAUUCAUUUGUUUUGUUUGCUGUCAUCGUGUUUUUGGUAGUGGUUCAGUUUAUGAAUUCAGGGGUUUCCAGUCA